UCCCUGCGCGGCCGCCAUGACCUGGAGCGCCACGGCCCGGGGCGCCCACCAGCCGGACAACACCGCGUUCACGCAGCAGCGCCUCCCGGCCUGGCAGCCGCUGCUAUCCGCCAGCAUCACGCUACCGCUCUUCUUUUGCGCGGGCCUGGCCUUCAUCGGCCUGGGCCUGGGCCUCUACUACUCUUCCAACGGCAUCAAGGAGCUCGAGUACGACUACACUGGCGACCCAGGCACCGGCAACUGCUCUGUGUGCGCUGCCGAAGGCCAGGGCCGCGCGCCGCCGCCUAAUUGCUCGUGCGCCUGGUACUUCUCGCUGCCCGAGCUCUUCCCGGGCCCCGUCUACCUCUACUAUGAGCUGACCAACUUCUACCAGAACAACCGCCGCUAUGGCGUGUCCCGCGACGACGCGCAGCUGAGCGGGCUGCCGAGCGCGUUGCACAACCCGGUCAACGAGUGCGCCCCCUACCAGUUCAGCGCGACCGGCCUGCCCAUCGCGCCCUGCGGCGCCAUCUCCAACAGCCUCUUCAAUGACUCCUUCUCGCUGUGGCACCAGCGCCGGCCAGGCGGGCCCUACGUCGAGGUGCCACUCGAUCGCGCCGCCAUCGCCUGGUGGACCGACUACCACGUCAAGUUCCACAACCCGCCGCUGGUGAAUGGCAGCCUGGCGCUGGCCUUCCGCGGCACGGCGCCCCCGCCCAACUGGCACCGGCCGGUGUACGAGCUCAGCCCCGACCCCAACAACACGGGCUUCAUCAACCAGGACUUCGUGGUGUGGAUGCGCACCGCGGCGCUGCCCACGUUCCGCAAGCUGUACGCGCGCAUCCGCCAGGGCAACUACACCGCAGGGCUGCCCCGGGGCGCCUACCGCGUCAACAUCACUUACAACUACCCAGUGCGCGUCUUCGGCGGCCACAAGCUCAUCAUCUUCAGCAAUAUCUCGUGGAUGGGUGGCAAGAAUCCUUUCCUGGGUAUCGCCUAUCUGGUGGUCGGCUCCCUCUGCAUCCUCAUGGGUUUUGUCAUGCUGGUGGUCUACAUUCGCUAUCAGGACCAGAAUGAGGAGGACGACGACGACGAGUGAUGUCUCCUUUCAAAAACCCCCUCCUGCUUCUUGCCAAAAGUCUUGUGGGCUGCUUUUGGCCCAAUCUCAAGCUCAUCUCACCUUGCCACCUGUUGUGGAUGAGCGGCGCAGAGAAAGGAAUUAACCCUUUUUUCCCCAGGGGCUGCAAGAUUCCUGCUGGGGUGUUCGGGCUGCAGA